CGUCAGAAGUGGGGAGUGAAGGCUAAGCUCGCUCAAGCGCAGUGAUCGAGCUUUAAAAUGUCGCCUUAAAUUAACUAGGAAAUACGAUAAAAGAAGCGGGGUUGUCUACCUGACACAGGCGAUGGUGCGGGGUGUGUGGGCGGUGCUCCGGAGGGUGUCUUGCCAGGGAGCAGCUGUACAGAAAUCAAACGUACCCGGUACCAGCAGGGCUACAGCACCUUGGACUAGACCUCUCUGCACACCCACUAGCGCCUUCUACAGAUCCAUAUCCAGUGAGGUGAGACGCCUACAGUCCGCAGUCAGAAUGCCUGAGAUAACCACAGAUCACCUGGACGAGAAGCAGGUGCAGCUGCUGGCAGAGAUGUGCAUCCUUAUCGACGAGAACGACCAGAAGAUCGGAGCGGAUACCAAGAAGAACUGUCACCUCAACUCCAACAUCAACAAAGGUUUGCUACACAGAGCUUUCAGCGUCUUCAUCUUCAACAGUGAAGAAAAGCUGCUCUUACAACAGAGGUCUGAUGCCAAAAUCACUUUUCCAGGCUGUUUCACAAACACAUGCUGCAGCCAUCCGUUACACACAGACAGCGAGCUGGAGGAGAAGGAUGCGAUAGGAGUGAGGAGAGCUGCUCAGAGGAGACUGGAGGCUGAACUGGGAAUCCCCAUGGAACAGGUGACUCCAGAUGAAAUGACUUAUCUCACAAGAAUCCACUACAAGGCGCAGUCAGACGGUGUCUGGGGAGAACAUGAAAUCGACUACAUCCUCUUCAUGCAGAAGGACGUGGAGUUGAGUCCAGAUCCCAAUGAGAUCAAGAGCCACUGCUACGUGAGCAAAGAGGAGCUGAAAGACAUGCUGGCAAAGGCCAAGCGCAAGGAAGUGGAGAUCACCCCGUGGUUCAGCCUCAUCGCAGAGACCUUCCUCUUCAAGUGGUGGGACAACCUGCAGAACCUCAAACAGUUCAUGGAUCACACCAGCAUCCACCGCAUGUAACCACAAUCAGGAUCAGCCUUUACCUCCAGUAUAUUUCAAACCUGCUGGUCGCUCUAGUCGCCCUCCCGACCCUCUGAUCCUCUAGCACCAAGACAUCCACCCUCAGUUCUGUAGGGUUUCACUGGCUGCUUUUGUCAAGCUAGUAGUUAAGUGUAGGACUUUUUGCACCAAAAGCGGAAACAGAGAAUGUUUUAGUCUCGCUAAACAUAGGAGGUGAUGUGGUUCUCAGUAGGCUUAUAGCGCUGAGAUGGAUCCAUCUACACAGUGGAUGACAGGUGAUGACUGUAGAGCUCUUUAGCUGACUCAUUAGUCUUAAGUAUUCAGAAAUCAAAGAAAUGCACAUCUUUAAACGCACACACACACACUGGUUUUAAAGACUGCACAGAAAACAUGAACAUUUUUAACAGCAUCACAAAGAGGAUAGCCUAUUUUUAUAUUUCAAAAAGAAGUGCCUGUUUACAGGUCAAUAGGUGUCUACAAGUACUGAUGUGAUGAUACAACCACUAUCACUCUACUCUACUUUGUUGACAGUGAUAUCAGUGAGUAACAUGUAUCUUUGUACUCUUUUACACAAUAAAGUAUUUGAUUGU